UACUAGCUACACCUUGAUUGACAAAACUUUACAUCCAAUGGCAUGGCGGUGCUUUUUGUCCAGGCUCGGGAUUACGAACCAAUACAGUUUGUUGUGAAAGGUUGAGAGUUCACUCUGGUGCACGUGGUUUAAAAUGGCUGCGCCCUUCACUAAAUAAUGAUACAGAAGAAAAUAUUGGAACAGCUCAACGUUAAACCCCACCAAAGAAGAAACAGCUAAACAUUUACAGCACAUAGCUACAUUAGAGCUGAAACAUCGCCAAGGGAAUCUUGUUGAAGAUGUCAGAAAACAGCAAUGUCGUUGUACAGAAAGGCACCAGCCGCACAGUUUCCAGAGCCCUGAUCAUUCAAAUGAUGGCGGAAAAUUUCGAACGGUUGCCUGAACUUGACAGGAAAAUCUUCACCUAUGGCCCCAUGUACCUGGGAGGUAAUGGGGCAUUUGCAGGACUGAUUGCCAACAGCUUAUACAGGAGAGCACUGAAUGUCACUCAAGGGCGUUUUACAUCAAAUCUCCCAAUGGCUGUCCUACCAUUCUUGACAACAGUGGCCAUGUAUAAUGUAGCUGUAUCCAAACCAUUAUUGUCUGGUGACCUUAACUGUCCAACCUGUGUCCUGAUAAGAGGUGCCCUUGUCGGCGCAGUUGGUGCUGGCGUAUAUCCUAUUCUGUUGGCUUUGCCUGUGAAUGCAGGCCUUGCAACCAGGUACAACACUACACCAUUGCCAGAAAAGGGAAACGUCCUCCGUUUUUGGAUGAACGUUACCCAACCCAUCUUAAGGAAAAUGGGUGUUGUGAUAGUACUACAGGUGUUCUUUGGAACCUACCUAAGCUCCAGACACUUUGACAGCUACUUGAAGUUGAUUCAGUUGUCCACCUCAAAUGGUGAGGAGCUUCAGGAUUAAAAGUUUCAAACAAACCUAAAUGUUCUGUAUUUUUAAUUUUCUUCAGUCCUUGAGUUGCAUGUACAAACAUCUGGAUAAUCAUAAUGUAAUGCUGGACUAAAUUUAUAUGCAAUGUCAAAGGGCAAAACAAAACCAUGGGGGUACUGCAGAUUGUAAUUUUUCCCACUUUUCAAUGAGGUUGUUUCCGGCUCUAUCGGUGUAGAGGCCCAUUCAGAACUGUAAUUCCAAAUAGAUGGCAGCGUCACACUGCAACGAUAAAAAACUGGCUGACAUUUUUGCAAAAGUUUAUUUUUUUAAAUCACAUAAGUAUUCAGACCCUUUACUCAGAACUUGGAAGCACCUUUGGCAGCAACUACAGCCUCGAGUCGUCUUCGGUAUGACGAUACAAGUUGGCAAACCUGGAUUUGGAGUUUCUCCCACACUGAGCAUCGCUGCACAGCUUUUUUCCAGGUCUCUCCAGAGAUGUUCGAUUGGGUUCAAAUCCAGACUCUGGCUGGGCCACUCAAGGACAUUCAGAGACUUGUCCGGAAGCCACUCCUGUGUUGUCUUGGCUGUGUGCUUUGGGUCGUUCUGUUGGAAGGUGACCCUUUGCCCCCCAGUCUGAGGUCCUAAGCACUCUGGAUCAGGUUUUCAAAGAUCGCUCUGUUCAUCUUUCCCUUGAUCCUGACCAAUCUCCCAGUCCCUGCCGCUGAAAAACACCCCCACAGCAUGUUGCCACCACCAUGCUUGCAGUAAUAUUUUGGUAUCCUUCCCCACAUCUGUGCCUCGUCACAAUCCUGUCUGACAUACUGUCAACUGUGGGACCUUCUUAUAUAGACAGGUGGGUGCCUUCCCAAAUCAUGUCCAAUCAAUUGAAUUUUCCACAGAUGGACUCCCAAGUUGUAGACACAUGAUUGAUCAAUGGAAACAGGUUGCACCAGAACUCAAUUUCAAGUCUCAUAGCAAAGGUUCUGAAUACUUAUGUACAUAAAAGGUAUGUUGUUUUUUUUAAAUAGUAAAUUUGCAUAUUUCUAAAUUGGUUUUCGCUUUGUUAUUAUGGGGUGUUGUGUAGAUUGAGGGGGAGGGAAAAAUCGUAGCCAUUUUAGAAUAAGGCUAACGUAAAUGUGAGGAAGGAGUCUGAAUACUUUCUGAAUGUGAUAUACACACACACACCUCACUCAGAGCUAGUCUAAAAAUCAACCCUGAUUUUCAAGAACUUAAUGAGAUGCACAACUGUCUUAUCUCAGCAAUUAUCCUGUCAAAUUAUAAAUCCCCUCGUUGAUAUUCCUUGAGUACUACAAAUAUUAUUUAAAUCCCUAAAUCACAUUUAGCUCUGCCCAGAGUACCCCCUCCUGUGCAUUUUACCAGUAGGCCUAUGUUAUAGAUACUUGGGGAAAAUCAUAAGCUAUUUGUAUUGUGAAAACGUAAUAGGAUGCAUAUGCUCCAUCGUUUACAUUUAGUUGCCUGUUGAACAGGGAACACCUUACAGGAUUGUUUAUGGUAUUACCAUGUUUGUGUGCGGUUAUAACCAUAUGAAAACUAGUUUAAUAACCUCUAGGGAGAAUGAGCAUGAUGUACUCACUAGAAUUAGUAGACAGGAUUCCAAACCACUGAUUAAUUUACCUGCAAUUAACUUGUAAAAUUUUGCAUUGGAAGUGGAACCACAGCAAAUCACACACACCUAGUUCAACAGUGCCUUCAGAAAGUAUUCACACACCUUGACUUCUUGCACAUUGUUGCAUUAGCCUGAAUUUAAAGUGGAUUAAUUGAUGUGCAUUGUCAUACACACAAUACCCCAUAAUAUCAAAGUGGAAUUUGUUUUUCAAAAUGUUCAAAUUAAAUGAAAAAGCUGAACUGUAUUAAAUCAAUACAUUGGCAAGCCUAAAUAAGUUUAGGAGUACAAAUUUGCUUAACAGGUCACAUAAGUUACAUGGACUCACUGUGUGGAAUAGUGUUUAACAACAUUUCAGAAUUACUACCUCAUCCCUGUACACCACACAUACAGAUAAUUGUAAAGUCCCUCAGUCGCCGGGAAUUUCAAACAGAUUCAACCAAAAAGACCCUGGAGGUUUUCCCAAUGCCUCGCAAAGGGCACCUAUUGGUAGAAGGGUAAAAAUAAAGACAUUGAAUAUC